GUGAAAACAAGGGUGGAACAAGAAAUCUGAAAUCUGUAAAUAGUUAAUGUCUUAUUUCUGUAAGUGAGUUUCUUACACCAUGAAGAAAGAAACAUAAUGGAUAAAGGCAUGUGUCUUGAAAGCCUAAAAGAUGAGUGCUUUGCAGAAGGACAGAGCAGAGUUUCAAGAAUCCAGCUCUAGGCCCAUGAACAGUGACAAAUUCAAAGGUUCAGUCUUCAGUCAUGAACUUGGACAAUCAGGCAAAAAACGUCAACAACACAACCACAGAGCAGAGUUUCCAGGAUCCAGCUCUAUGUCCAUGAACAGUGACAUGUCCAGAGAUUAUCCUCCAGUCUUCAGUCAUGAACCUGGACCAUCAGUCACACAACGUCAACAACACAAACACAGAGCAGACUUUCCAGGAUCCAGCUCUAUGUCCAUGAGCAGUGACAUGUCCAGAGAUUAUCCUCCAGUCUUCAGUCAUGAACCUGCACCCUCAGGCACACAACGUCAACAACACAAACACAGAACAGAGUUUCCAGGAUCCAGCUCUAUGUCCAUGAGCAGUGACAUGUCCAGAGAUUAUCCUCCAGUCUUCAGUCAUGAACCUGGACCCUCAGGCACACAACGUCAACAACACAACCACAGAGCAGAGUUUCCAGGAUCCAGCGCUAUGUCCAUGAGCAGUGACAUGUCCAGAGAUUAUCCUCCAGUCUUCAGUCAUGAACCUGCACCCUCAGGCACACAACGUCAACAACACAAACACAGAGCAGAGUUUCCAGGAUCCAGUGCUAUGUCCAUGAGCAGUGAAUUGUCCAGAGAUUAUCCUCCAGUCUUCAGUCAUGAACCUGCACCCUCAGGCACACAACGUCAACAACACAACCACAGAGCAGAGUUUCCAGGAUCCAGCUCUAUGUCCAUGAACAGUGACAUGUCCAGAGAUUAUCCUCCAGUCUUCAGUCAUGAACCUGCACCCUCAGGCACACAACGUCAACAACACAACCACAGAGCAGAGUUUCCAGGAUCCAGCUCUGUGUCCAUGAACAGUGACAUGUCCAGAGAUUAUCCUCCAGUCUUCAGUCAUGAACCUGCACCCUCAGGCACACAACGUCAACAACACAACCACAGAGCAGAGUUUCCAGGAUCCAGCUCUAUGUCCAUGAACAGUGACAUGUCCAGAGAUUAUCCUCCAGUCUUCAGUCAUGAACCUGCACCCUCAGGCACACAAGAAAAGUGCUGUUUGUUGUGUCAGAAUAUCCUGAAGGAUUCAUCAAGAGACUUCUGUCCUCAGUGUGGAGAGAAAUCUAGUACCAGAUCCAAAGCCAAUACUGGUCUGCAAAAAGUUUUAGAUGCAUUAAAGGUCACUCUGCAGAGAAGAUAUGAACAUGUGAUUGAAGAAACUGAAAAAACAGGAAGCAGAGCCCUCUUCAAAAUGAUCUACACUGAGCUCUACAUCACAGAGGAGCAGAUUGAAGCGAUACACUAUCAACAUGAGGUGAGGCAGGUGGAGAGAGCUUCCAAAAAGACGUUCUUCCAUGAAACACCAAUCAGCUGCCAGGACAUCUUUAAAACCUUGCCUGACCAACAGAGACCCAUCAGAGUGGUUCUAACAUAUGGUGUUGCUGGCAUUGGAAAAACCUUCUUGGUGCAGAAGUUCACUCUGGACUGGGCAGAGGGCUUAGAAAACCAACACAUCAGUGCGGUGGUUCUGCUUUCAUUCAGGGAGCUGAACUUGGUCAGAGAUGAGCAGUACAGUCUCCUGGAGCUGAUCCAGGUUUUCUAUCCAACAUUACAGAGCGUCACAGCAGAGAAGCUCACUGUGUCUAAACUUUUGUUCAUCUUUGAUGGCCUGGAUGAAAGCAGAUUUUUGUUAGAUUUCACCAACAGGAAGCUUGUGUUUGAUGUCACACAGAAGUCAACCAUCAGUGAGCUGCUGACAAAUCUCAUCGAGGGGAAUCUGCUUCCCUCUGCUCUCAUCUGGAUAACUUCCCGACCCGCAGCAGUCAGUCAGAUCCCUCCUGCAUGUGUUGACAGGAUGACAGAAGUACGAGGCUUCACUGACCCUCAGAAGCAGGAGUACUUCAGGAGGAGAUUCAGAGAUGAUGGGCUGUCAAGCAGAAUCAUCUCCCACUUAAAGACAUCCAGGAGCCUUUACAUUAUGUGUGGAAUCCCAGUUUACUGCUGGAUCACUGCUACAGUUCUGGAGCACAUGUUGACUACAGAGGAGAGAGGAGAGCUGCCCAAGACCCUGACUGACAUGUACUCACACUUCCUGCUGGUUCAGACAAAGAAAAAGCACAAGUACAACAAGUGGCAAGAAACAACUCAACAAGACCUCACCAGUGCCGACAGGGAAGUUCUUUUGAAGCUUGGAAAGCUAGCAUUUGAACACCUGCAGAAAAGAAACAUCCUGUUCUACGAAGAAGACUUGGAGCAGUGUGGUCUGGAUGUCACAGAGGCCUCUAUGUACUCAGGAGUUUGUACAGAGAUCUUCAAAAGAGAGUGUGUGAUCUUCCAGAAACCAGUUUACUGCUUUGUUCAUCUGAGCAUUCAAGAGUUCCUGGCUGCAGUCUACAUGUUCCACUGUUACACCAACAGGAAGACAGAGGUGCUGCAGGACUUCUUUACUGAGGACAAUAACGAAAAGAAGAUAUCUCCGGAAGAUAUCUCAUCUUUGGAAGAUUUUCUGAGCAGAGCCGUGGAAGAAUACUUGCUUAUUCCGAAUAGCCACCUGGAACUGUUUGUUCGCUUCCUUCAUGGCCUCUCUAUGAAAUCCAACCAGAGACUCUUAGGAGAUCUGUUGGGUCAGACAGAGAGCAGUCCAGAAAUCACCCAGAGAGUCAUCAACAAACUGAAGGUGAUUAACAGUGAGGGCAAGUGUCCUCAAAGAUGCAUAAACAUUUUCCACUGUCUAUUAGAGAUUAAUGACCUCUCAGUACAUCAAGAGGUCCAAGACUUUCUAAAGUCAGAUAACAAAUCUGAAAAGGAACUCUCUGGAAUUCAGUGCUCAGGUCUGGCACAUAUUCUGCUGCUGUCAAAGGAGGUUUUGGAUAAGUUGGAUCUAGCAAAGUUUAACACAUCAAAGGAUGGACGAUGGAGACUAGUUCCAGCUGUGGAAAACUGCAGAAUGGCUCGACUUCAUGAUGUCUUUGUCUGUGGGGGUACCAUUGGACCUCUGGCCAUAGCUCUGACUUCAGACCCCUCCCAUCUGACAGAGCUGCACCUGAGUUCAGUCAGCCUGGGGGAAUAUGCAGAAGAUCUUUUUACUCAUCUGGGACAUCCAAACUGUAGACUGGAGACACUCAGCUUUGAGAACAGCACUUUGUCAGAGAACAACUGUGCUGCUCUGCUCAGUGCUCUGAAGUCCAACCCCCCCUAUCUGAAACGUCUGGAUCUAAUAGGAUGCAACCUGGAGGGCUCAGGGAUGAAACAGCUGUAUGAUUACCUGGAGAGUCCACACUGUAAACUACAGUUUAAAAGAGUGACUUCUGUUUAGAUGCUUUACUAUGGUCUGAGGGAAAACACCUCGACCUCAGAGUGUGCUGAGGUAAUUUCCAGUUCAGCCACUGCUGUAUGCCUUUACUUCCUGGAUGACUCCUAUUAAUCCAGUCAGUGUGUUAUUACUCGAAUGUUGACUUUCCUACAAUGUGAAACAUUCAGCUCACCCAUCUAAAGGACAUUUAUUUAGUUUUUGUACUUUUUUUGAAACCAGUAUCUGACAUGUUUCUCAGUUUUGAUUUGUUACGGAGCAUAAUCUUACGAAAAAGGUUUCAUUGUCCUCAUUUCACACCCAAGGAUCCCCCAGGAGUCCACAGUCAGAAUGUUCACUCAAAACACAGAGAUGUCGCCAUUUAUCUUACAAGAGUCAGUAAACUCUGGAAUAAGUUCUGCUACAUUAUUUGGACUAAUGAGCUCUUAUUUUAUACCUCCAGUUACUCUCCUGAGUUGAAGGAUACUUUCGAGGUACAAUAGCUGCCAUCUAGCUAAUCUUUAAACUAAAAGCAGACUUUGCUUGUGCAGGUCCUUGUUAAUUAUUUUACUAUGAGACAUUUUAAUAAUUACUGCAAUUUCACUGUUGUUGUUAGGGUGCCUGGGUUGUUGUACCAGUGUUUUGGGUUUUGUACUUUUUAUUUUGUUCUUAUUGUGUUUUUUGACUGCAAUUGUUUUGUGUUUCUCUUUUGUAUUUUCUAUCCCUCCAGUUCUUCUCAGUUUGUUCUUAGGUUUUGGUUUCCGCACUCCCUCUGUUUUAUGUCUAGUCCGUGUCUCUGUGCCUGCCCUGGUCCCACGUCUCUCCUUUGUAUUUAAGACUUGUGUUUUCCUUGGUCUGUGUCGUGAUAGCCAUCAUCCUAUCCUGUGUGCUCCGGUCGCCUGCCUUGCCUAUCUGGUUUAAUGUAGUUAUUCCCAGUUUAUUUAGUUUUAUGUUCUGUUUUGCCAUCCAACAAUAAAAGCUGAGUUUGAGUUCA